AUGAGAUUGACCCGCGAUAACAUCAACGAGCACGUCGUGCGUGCCCAGUACGCCGUUCGUGGCGAGCUCGCCGUCAAGUCCGAGGAGUACCGUGCUCGUCUCAAGGACGGUGACACCACCCUGCCCUUUAAUCAGGUCAUCUCGGCCAACAUCGGAAACCCUCAGCAGCUCGACCAGAAACCAAUUACCUUUUUCCGCCAAGUUCUCAGCUUGCUGGAGAACCCUGAACUUCUCAAGAAGGAGGACGUUUUAAUCAAUGGUCUUGGCUACAAGACUGAUGUUAUUGAGCGUGCCAAAUGGUUGCUAACGCAGGUCGGCUCUGUUGGUGCAUACAGUGCCAGUGCUGGUGCCCCUGCUAUCAAGGAGAGCAUUGCUGCUUUCCUGGAGCGUCGCGAUGGCUUUCCUGCUGACCCUUCCAAGAUCUACCUCUCGACUGGUGCCUCGUCUGGUGUCAACACUCUUCUCCACGUCAUCUGCGCGGACAAGAAGUCGGGUAUCAUGAUUCCCAUUCCUCAGUACCCUCUUUACAGCGCCACUCUGUCCCUUCUGGACGCCCAGGCCGUUCCAUACUAUCUCGAUGAGUCCAAGGCUUGGGGGACCAGCUUUGAAACCAUCAAAGCCGCCUACGAAAAGGGCAAGGCUGACGGUCUCGAUGUCCGCUGCAUUGUCAUUAUCAACCCUGGCAACCCUACCGGUGCUUCCCUCUCCGAGGAGGACGUCAGGUCCGUAAUCGACUUUGCUCGGCAGGAGAACCUCGUCAUCAUGGCCGACGAGGUGUACCAGACCAACGUCUUCAUUGGCCAAUUCCAUAGCUUCAAGAGCGUUCUGCGCAAGUUGCAAAAGGAGAACCCCGGCAAAUACGAUGGUGUCGAACUUGCUUCACUACACAGCAUUUCGAAGGGCAUGGUUGGCGAGUGCGGCCACCGGGGCGGUUACUUUGAGCUUGUUGGCUUUGAUCCCGAGGUUGAGGCCCAAAUCUACAAGUUUGUCUCCAUUAUGCUCUGCGCUCCCGUCAUCGGCCAGUGCCUCGUCGAGCUCAUGGUGAACCCACCCAAGCCUGGUGAGCCAUCAUACGAGCUCUACAGCCAGGAGUACUCUGGCAUCCAUGAGGGGCUCCGCGAGCGCGCUUCCGCUCUCCACAAGGCCUUCAGCCAGAUGGAAGGUGUCGAAUGUGCUGAGCCCCAAGGUGCCAUGUACCUCUUCCCCACCAUCCAGUUACCUGCAAAGGCUCACGAAGCCGCCGCCGCCGAAAAGCGCACCGCCGACGAAUUCUACUGCCUGAGAUUGCUCGAGGCCACAGGUGUCUGUGUUGUUCCUGGGUCGGGCUUUGGUCAGAAGGAGGGCACGCUCCACUUCCGAACUACUUUCCUUGCGCCUGGUACGGAGUGGGUUGCUGGCAUUGUCAAGUUCCACAAGGAGUUUAUGGACAAGUACAGGUAA